AUGCCCGAGCCAGCGCUCCCGUCGAUGUCCAGCAAACUUCAGACGGCGCCGAAGCGUACCCAGUCAACCAUGAACGGCUCCCAGGCGCUUAACGGAAAAGCAGAGCGCUGGGGAACCUGGUCACAUCCCAAGCGGGCUCGAAAGCCGAUCCCCUCAUUCUCGCCGCAGACUCCGACUCCGAGCCAGCGUGAGCCAGCGUCUUCGGCGCUGAGACGGGUGUUUGAGCCGCCAUCCACGGCCACUCCCAGCUCCAAGCAGCAGCCGCUCAAGGAGUGCCACCAGCACCGCCAGAACCUGUCUGCCUCUGCGCCACGGCCUCGCACUGGCAGAGCACCGAUCCCGCAAUUCCGUACCUAUAGCCACACACAGAGCAGCGCAGCAAAGUCGAAGACUGCUGUGGCCCCGGAGCCAGAUGACGAGGAUGCCCUGGCUAUAGCGCGCAUCCACGCCUGGCUGGACAAGGUCGACGAUGAGCAGAUCGCGGCCGAAGUCGACGCAGAGAAACGAACCAGAGCCCGCCGGGCCUGUGAGGCGCUGCCAGCAGUGCAGCCAGCCAAGAAGGCUGAAGCUGAAGUCGGCCAAACUGCGCCUGGAGUUGGUGAAGCUGAGGUUGAGGUCGAGGUUGAGGCUCAGGUUGAAGUUCCUAAAACGCCAAAGGCCCCCAAGACGCCCACGAGAAACCGCCGCCUGGCCCUGGAAACGGAUGUCCCGCGCGUUGACAGCGGCUGGGGCACCGCAAGCCCAACGAGCAUCGGCGUGGCCUUCAUGACGCCGCGGACGAUUCCUCACAUCGAGGAAGACGAUGCCGUCUGGGAGAUGCUCAGCCCGAACGUGACGCCCUUCCGCAAAGGCAGAGGUCCGAAGCGCACUCGUCGGCGCAGCUACUACGACGAAGACAUCUGGGCCGAGUGCGCACAACUCGCCGCAGGCUCUCGCUCAGCCAGUCCACUAAAAGACAAAUACGCCAUUCAUUACCGAUACUCUGAUACUAUGAUAUUCCGAUACCUGAUUACCUCGAUAUCCUUUACACCUCCUGCUCUGCUUCUUUCUUUUUGUUCUGCAUACCCGUUGUUCGGGUUCCGUUUUAGCAUCAUUUCUUUAUACCAGCACUCCGUUGCACUUUGCAUUUCAUCCAUUUCUCUCCCCAUUCUUUUGGGGCCAUUUCGUUUACUUGUUUGCGUGUUGGCCUCCCUUUUUCUUUUCUUCUACUCGGUUUUUUAUUCCCUUUGCAUUCAAACAUAA